UAGCACGGCCAAAAGAAGCUGUGUUUAAGGCAACGGCUUUUGCCCAAUUGUUAGCAUUGUAGAGAUGAAGCAGAUACGGAAUGUAUUAAUAGCAAAAGUUUCCAUGUGACAAGUAUGUCGUGGAUGGAAGCGUCUGGGCUCUGCGGCGACAUAGAAGCUUUUGGCUGAUGAUGCAAGUUUUCGGUCGAUCGGCGAAACUGGAGAACCUCGACAAACCAAAACCAGCCACCUUUACUACGAAAUACCAGCACCACGACAAUGGUAUUUUGAAAAAUAAAAUCGACUGGACAAAUUCGCUUACUCUGCACGUAGUAUGCCGAAGUGAAUAAUAACCAAAUACCACUAGUAGUGUUGUAGCAGCAAUGAAAGCUUCCAGCGAGCUUCACUCUGUCGGAGCUGGGCGGUUUAUCUCCGACUCGACUGGCCGACCAUGAGACAAAGUGCUAAGUGUGGGGUAGUUAGCGCACAGAUUACGUCGCCGAUCACGCUUUUCCGCGCAGUACUUCUAUUGCCCGUCGCCAUCUAUCAUCUCCGCCACACCUACACACACACCCCAACACCUACCUGCUACCACAAUAACUUCGAAAUAUCGAUUUUUU